AUGAGCCAAAAAUUGAAAACUGAUCUAAAUAGAGGCUAAAAGAGAUUUUUUUUUCCUAUGAUAAUACCUGGCAACAGAUGCUUGCCUAAGGUAGGGCUGUAGCAUAAUCAGCCAAGACGAGAUGGAGCAAAUGGCAAGCAAGUCCCAAGCCUACAUCCUCUAAGGGCAUAGAAUAUCCACGAGAUAUUGCAACAACUGAGAGGAGGAUCCUGGAACUAGAUGCAGAACUACACAGUAUCUCUAAAAGUAUCUGAGACAUCCUUGUGGCAUCCUAAGAUAAGCUCUAUCUCUCUAAAUUUAAUAAAAGAUCUAAAUACAUCAAAUAAUUUCGGAAAACUUAAUUCUAAGAAAAUACAGAUAGCUAAAAAAAUAACGCCAAUACUGACUCCCCCCCUCCGUGAGUGAACAAAAAAAUUUUGUUCAUGGAGGGGGGCUAAUUAUUUUUUUUAAAAAAAAUUAGAUAUAAAUUUUAUAGAAAUCUUUUUUUUUCGAAAUUUAAAAAAAUCUCACUUCUAUAAAGAUUGGGAAGCAAAUAUAUUAAUUUAACUUGUAAAAUUUAUGUUUUAAAACGCAAUUUGUUUAAAAUUAAACAGAUUUAGCUCGAGAUUUCAUUAUAAUAAUUAUCACUUAUAUAAAAAUUUUUUUUCCAAAAAAAUUUGUGUUCACUCACGGAGGGUGGGUUUUUGGGCAAAAAAUAGCGAUUUUUAUAAUGGUUUUGUUCACUCACAGAGGGGGGGAGUGAGCAUAAAAGUAAUCGUAAUUGAUGAAUAUAAACAUCAAUUAAUAAUUUCUAAUUCAGAGCAUACAUUAUCAAGCCUAAAAUAUCCAAUAAUUUCUCAUAUUAUCAUAUUUUCUUUUCAAUUAGCUAUUGUGAGAUUUGGAGUUCAUAGAAGACUCAACGUUUGGAGGCACAAAAAUAUUCCGCAUAUUGUUUCUGUAACCUUAGACUUGAAAAUUGCUUUGUCAUCUAAAUUGUUUCGGUGGUAUAAUUGACGAUAUGUCUCAAAUAUUGAAUUUUUUAGCGGAUUUCCUUUAGCUAUACGUCUCAAAGAAAAGGGCUCAUAUAUGUCGACAAGUUCAAGCAUUUAG